GUUGGACGCACGACCGUAGGCGCGAGUGCAGCUUAUAAUACCUGGCGCGUUAUUCUUUUUUUUUUGUUUUACACAUGACGAUCUUUCACAAGUGCAGUGAUAGAGGCCUUGCACCAAUGACGAUAAUUUGGGUGAUGACGUGAAAAGCUCGAUAGUGUAAUUUGUUGUUGUUGCUGUUGUUGCAAAACGAAAGAAGAAGGAUAUGCGCGUGUAAACAAGUGUGUACGAAACAAAGAAGAUCCAUUUCGCGUGUGUGAGUUAUAAAUGGCCUCGACGGUCAAUAACAGGCUGCAGCCAAGAAAACAAUGACGAGGACCAAGCUCAUUUUCAUCCUCGGGCUUGCGUACCUGUUACGCGCCGAGUCCUCGCUACCCGAUGCACCGCCAGAUCAUCAGAAGCCUGCGGGAGGCGGUCUGAUCAAUGGAGUCAGUGGCAAGCCACGAGAGGACACUAGUAGUGGCGGUAGUAAACCGAGGACGACGUCGACUAGUAGCGGCACUAGCAAGACGCAUUUCGCCGACGAGGGCAGUGAAAACGUGACCGGGCUCGUUGGCCAACCAGCUGUGCUGCUCUGUCGGGUUAAAAACCUCGGCAACAGGACGGUAUCCUGGAUAAGAAAGAGGGAUUUGCAUAUCUUGACGUCAAUGGCGCUCACGUACACGAGCGACGAGAGGUUCUCGGUUAUCGGUAACACCGAGACCUCGGACGAUUGGAAUCUGCGAAUAGAUUACGUGCAGCCGAGGGACGAAGGUAUCUACGAGUGCCAAGUCAACACCGAGCCCAAGAUACACAGGGCCGUCUAUCUGCGAGUUCUAGACGUGCAAGCUGAAAUUUUAGGCCCCGAGGAAGUGUACGUGAGGAAAGGUAGUACUAUCAGCUUAACCUGCAUGGUCAACUCACAAGGCGUGCCGCCUAGCAACGUGACUUGGUACCAUGCCGGCUAUGUUAUUGACUUCGACGGACCGAGGUAUGCCUUUAGAGGCGGCGUAUCGUUAGAGACUGAGAAGUCAAAGGGUGGCACGACCUCGAAGCUACUGAUAACGCGAGCCUCCCUAGCAGACAGCGGUAACUACAGCUGCGUCUCGAGCAAGGCAGCUCGUGCUACUGUCGUCGUCCACGUGUUAAACGGCGAGCAUCCGGCAGCAAUGCAACAUGGAACUGCUGUCUCGGGAUCAACGCCCAGAUUGCUACUGACACUGGUGCUCCUACUGCUACUGGCGCUCAUGUCGAGGUGAAGCGUGGAAAGUAUAUACAUGCCGUUGCCUACUACCGCUGCUGCUGCUCUGUGUGCGUGGUGCGACUGACGGCCCCUCUUGUCUACCGUUGGUUUUGCCUUUGACUAUCUCAUCCGCGACACACGCGGCUUUGGCGUUUUACCUCGGAGCGUGUUGCGAGUACGAGUAUGUAUUGGCUGACGAGGUAAAAGACGGCAAUUUGAUGCGAAAGUAAUUGGGCUGUAACGAGCUGAGAUUCUAUUCCAAAGAAACGGACAACCAUUCAUAAGUCGCUGGUGAUCAGACGUUUCAAUUAUAUUUGACAAAUACGGAUCAGUCUGUUCAGCUAGAGCCCUAUUGUUAAUUUUCCAAUGACAGAGACUCGUGUAUCGAUCUCUGGCGUGUUAUUACGAUGAUAGAAAGUAGCUCCCAACGUAACAGAAAUUUCCAUUAUAUCGAAAAUACGUAAUGAGGUCGUAUUUUUUGUUUUUAUUUUUUUCAAAAGAUAUUUUUUCAAAAGAUACAAUGUCGAGUAAAACGCAACAAAGAAAAAAUAAAAAAAAAAAUUUCCGUUGUUUUAUUUUACCAUUACGCUCGCGUAUACGCGGUAAACAUUUCAUUCCACUUUUAUUUACCUCCAGGGCGCCGUCGGCACAUUUAAAAAUACACCGCAAGCCGUUGAAAACUAGCGCACGUGCGUUUUAUAGAUACACACGGCGGGCUGCGCCCUCGAUAAACAGGGCUACGAGAAGUGGUGUGUGGCAAUGGCUUUUCUUAAUUAGGCGUCGCCGUGCGCGCACUAGGCUUAUAUAUUCAAUUGGCCGGCAGCUCUCCGUACGCUUUAAUUAAGACGACACUGUGUACACGGCGACAAUUAGCACGAGGGCGCGUGUAUCGAAUGAUCCCUUUUUAUAUCUGCAUUUAUUUUUUUUACACGUAUAGUUUCUCCUGCAGCACAGAGGAUGGUUAUGGCACGAGAGGAGCUCUCUUUUUUUUUUCAAGUUGCUAAGAGCUUUUACGGGACAAGUGAAGUUCUUUUUCUCUCUCUCUCUCUCUCUCUCUCUCUCUCUUUAUGGAAUUACUCUCGCUCGACGGAAGGAGUAUCGGGCGUGGUGGAUUUUUAUACAGUGGAGCAAUUUGAUUAUUCUUCUUCGAAAAAUCUAUCGGAGUACGCUUUUCGCUCUAGAUUGAUCGAAGCAGACAAUUUAAUCCUACGAGGUAAAGGGAUUUUUCGUGCGCAAUAUGAGCAGAUUUAAUACUUGGAAUUUCAUGAAAGAUUUUUCUUUGGCUGCACAUUUAAGUCACUAUAUGUAUGUGAAAUCCCUUUUGAUAAGUUUUAAAAUGGUAUCUGGAUUUCACACGCUCGGUUUGAACGUUUACGACCGACGAGCAGAAUGAAUCUACGUGAAAACUCACGAGACGGAUAAUCAUACUAUGCCAAGAUCUGAUUGUCGCGCGGGAAAUAAACAGAGAGAUAAAUUGCGUGGCGCUAGAGAGUCGCCAAAGUCAGUUACUUUCAAAUGGUCGCAGCGCGAGGUUGAAACGUGCAGUAGGUGUCGGGGCGCAGUUUCCGCAGUGACCCACGAACUCUUGCACUGUCGCGUUGAGCCGAGAGAGAAAGAGAGAGAGAGAGAGAGAGGGAACUUCUCUAAUCACAUUGCAACUUCAAAUAGCUUCAAAUAGAUCACGUGGUUGGCGGCACGUGACGUCGCACACACUUUCCAGCCGAUAAUUCGUUUGCCCCAUUUCAUAUAAAUUUCCAACUUUGACGUAUUUACCAUUGGUGCAUCUCGGCCGUUCGUGCAUCAUCGAUUAGCGCAAAUUGACGGCAACUCGGCCAAGUUUGAUAGGCUUUGAUAAUGCGUUUACAAGUUACACCGCGAAUUCGGUCAGUUCAAUAUUGAUUAGUUUAAAAUUGCCGGUAUAGCCGUUAUCUCGAGAGUCUGCGUGGUUUGGAAACUUGACUCGGGUGCACAGCUUGCGUUGAAAUUCGAUAUUUGAUUGAAAAGUUCGAUCGAAAUACUACGUUUUACUGCAUUUUACGCUGAUAACCAAUUAAUAAGCAGGAAUCGUAUUACUCGGAGUGGCGGACUAAGUAUGAAAUUCGGAAAAGCUCUUCUCGCAACAACAAUGGGGCUAGAAAUGCUAACAAUACACUGACGCCUAUUAAAGCAAGCCAUUUACUUUCAACUCCAUAUACCUUCUUAUAUACCGUCGGCCAUCUGCGUUUCCUCGGCGAAGCGAGUUAAUUUGCUAUGCAAGCACGAAAAAACAGACAAAGGCCUAUAUCCAGCGAGAGAGAUAGAUAGAUAGAUAGAGAUAGAGAAAGAGAGAGAAAGAGAGUGAGAGAGAGAGAGAGAGAAUCGAAGGGCAAAACCAGUAGUAACAAAACAACAAAGGGGAGGGAGAGAGAAACUCGGUCGUUCCUCUCUGGACAAAAGCGGAAUAUUCCUCUCGACGACCAAGCAACUCUCUCUUGCUGCCAAGAGGAAGAGGAAGAAAUUCUACCGCUGCUCCCUCCCUCUCUCUUACUUGUAAAUAAUCGCGGCUGUAAGCUCUAUCUCCAUUUUUUCUAUGCGUGACUGUUGUGUGUGCGCGUACUUUUGUACCGAGAUUCAGUAACACGAACGUCUCCCUCUUUUUUUUAUCUCGAUGCUCACAUGGCAAAAGAGAACAUGGUUCGGUUUGAUUGAAAGCGCAACAUAUUACCGAACGACCAUUGCAUUUUUCGUGAGCUGAAUUAAAAAUGUAAUUUUCAAUCGACUGGAAGUGCAGAGAAAAGAGCUUGUGUGCGUGCACGUGCAUUGGCGUGUGUAAGUUUGUUUGUGCUGCAUAAUUGUCACCGCCGAGCGCUCGCUCGCGACCAUUCAAAUAUAUAUCUUCGGUUAUCGAUAUUCAAUGACGCGCAGCAGCGAAUGAGGUGCGAAAUGGAAACACACACCUAGCAACGUGACGUUGCCGUUUUUUUUUCUCGUUGCGCCGAGGCCAUUUUCAAUUUUCCAGCGAAUAACAGCCAGAUUUAAGAUAAUCAAUUCGGUUGGCGCUCGAUCGCCGUUUUUCCGAGCUGGCCACUUUACAAAUAGAGGUAUUGCGACAUUACACCGACUCGCUUUCUUCGUCACACGACUCGUAGUCGGUCGAGCGCGAGGAAAAAAGGAAGCUCUCGCUUUUCAUCGUCUAAAAGUCAGAAAAAGGGCAUCCGACUCGAAAUGUUUUUUCCUCGCUUGCCUGACAAAGUAACGCGCGACACUUGCUAAAUUAAGCGAGUCCAACUGCCUCUCCUUCAUUUUUAAUAAAGGCCGUAUUCGGGACGCGAUAAAUCUAAGCGAAAUUUACUUCAACAUCUUAAUCACCAUAAGUGGCGACGUAAUUCUCUCUCGGCUGCG